AGAUUUCAUAAAGUUGUACAUGUUUUUUAGCAUCGGUUGAGUUGCUUUGCCUUAGGCCCAGUUUCAUCCCUUCCAACUCAACCAUGCUCGACACACAAAGCUACCUUCUAUUGUUCUUCCUAUGGUUCAUAUCCACCAUUUUAAUCAGGUCCAUCUUCAAGAAAUCCCAAUGUUAUAAACUACCCCCUGGCCCACCAAUUUCCUUGCCUCUCAUAGGGCAUGCUCCUUAUCUCCGAUCACUCCUUCACCAAGCACUCUACAACCUCUCCCACAAGUAUGGGCCUUUGAUGCAUAUCUUACUCGGUUCCAAGCAUGUCAUAGUUGUAUCCUCGGCAGAAAUGGCGAAGCAGAUCCUCAAGACUUCUGAAGAGUCCUUCUGCAACCGCCCUAUUAUGAUCGCAAGUGAGAAUCUCACAUAUGGUGCUUCUGACUACUUCUUCAUCCCUUACGGAACUUACUGGCGCUUCCUCAAGAAGCUCUGCAUGACAGAGCUUCUCAGCGGGAAGACUCUCGAGCACUUUGUCAGCGUUCGUGAGAACGAGAUUCAAGCUUUCCUUAAAACGAUUUUGGAGAUAUCAAAAACAGGUGAAGCCGUGGUGAUGAGGCAAGAACUCAUAAGGCACACCAACAACGUCAUUUCAAUGAUGACUAUGGGGAAGAAGAGUGAAGGAUCAAAAGAUGAAAUUGGCGAGUUGAGAAAGGUGAUUAGGGAAAUUGGAGAGUUACUUGGAUCUUUUAACUUGGGUGACAUCAUUGGGUUCAUGAGGCCUCUGGAUCUUCAAGGAUAUGGGAAGAAGAACAAGGACAUGCAUAGAAAAUUGGAUGGGAUGAUGGAGAAGGUGCUGAAAGAGCAUGAAGAGGCAAGGGCCACGGAGGGUGCUGAUAGUGAUAGGAAGAAGGAUCUUUUUGACAUUCUGUUAAACUUGAUUGAAGCAGAUGGUGCUGAUAAUAAACUCACUCGUGAUAGUGCCAAAGCCUUCGCUCUGGACAUGUUUCUUGCUGGGACAAACGGCCCUGCAAGCGUGUUAGAGUGGUCACUAGCAGAGCUCAUAAGAAACCCACACGUUCUCAAAAAGGCCAGAGAAGAAAUAGACACUGUUGUUGGCAAAGAAAGACUAGUUAAAGAAUCAGACAUCCCAAACUUACCAUAUCUCCAAGCAGUAGUGAAAGAAACUCUCAGAAUGCACCCACCAACUCCAAUCUUCGCAAGAGAAGCCAUGAGAAGUUGCCAAGUGGAUGGCUACGAUAUCCCCGCGAACUCGAAGAUUUUCAUAAGCGCUUAUGCAAUUGGCAGGGACUCACAGUACUGGGAGAACCCGCAUGUGUAUGACCCUGAGAGAUUCUUGUUCACUGAUGAGCGUAAGGUUGAUGUGAGGGGGCAAUAUUACCAACUCUUACCUUUUGGCAGUGGUAGAAGAAGCUGCCCUGGUGCUUCUCUCGCAUUGAUUGUUAUCCAAGCUUCACUGGCGAGUUUGGUUCAGUGCUUUGAUUGGGUUGUGAAUGAUGGGAAGAGUAAUGAGAUUGAUAUUGCAGAGGAAGGUAGAGUCACUGUGUUUCUGGCUAAGCCACUCAAGUGUAAGCCUGUUCCUCGUUUUGUUCCAUUCUCUGUCUGAGUGAAGAAUAUGAAUGGAAUGAAAUGUUGCUUCUUUGGUGGUGAAGAAUCCAAUUUGUUUCUGAAGUUUGGACUGUUUUUUUCAUCCGUUUGUGGUUUGUGAUUUUAGAUGUGUAUCUUCUGUUCACUCAUUGCCUGAGAAAUAUUCAAAAAAAUAAAAAAAAGUUACUUCGUAUUCC